AAACUCAAUAGUAUUGAAAGCGAAAGUCUUACAUUUUAAUGUCAGUGGUGUCGUUGUUAUAGUUACAGUUUCGUAUAAAAAGAAUAAAUAAUAUCAAUGGCGCGGUGGUGGUGGAAAACGGCGGCGAUAGUCGCAAUCGCCGCCUUAUUAUUAAGAUCAUACGGCGGCGAACUCAUCGGAGUUGGUUGGGACAAAGAAUCAUUGCUGAAAUGGAUGAGUGAUUUAUCUGACAAAUUAGGGAUUUGGGCGAUUCCUCUUUACAUCUCCGUUCACACAAUCUCCAUCGCUCUUUGUUUACCUUCCGCCAUUUUUCUCGAAACCGGUGCUUCUCUUCUCUUCGGAUUCUUAACGUCUGUUGUUUGUGUUUUCUCUGCGAAGAUCCUUGCGGCUUCUCUUUCGUUCUCGAUUGGCAGGUUAAUAUUCAGGAAUUCAACUUCAGCAAUGGACUGGGCUCAAAGAAACAAAUACUUCAAAAUCCUCUCAAACGGAGUUGCGCGAGACGGUUGGAAGUUUGUUCUUCUUGCCCGAUUCUCACCCGUGCCAUCCUAUAUUAUUAACUAUACCUUAGCUGCAACCGAAGUUAGAUUCUUUUUGGAUUUUCUUCUCCCUACCGUUGUCGGAUGCCUCCCCAUGAUCUUGCAGAAUACUUCUAUCGGAAGCCUCGCCGGUGCAGCUGUUGCAACCGCAUCCGGCUCUAAGAAAUCUCAAUUUUGGUCUUACUUUUUCCCCAUAGUUGGUAUUUUAUCUAGUGUACUUAUAUCUCUGAGAAUUAAGAAGUAUUCAUCUCAAAUUUCAGUAACCGAAAUCUCAUCCGACAAAGAUAACACCGCAGAAUCAAAAUAGUAAAACUGCAUUUUUAAGAUAAAAUGUUAGAAUACUAAUUGUAUGAACGAAACAAUAGCGAAGAGACAAUUUUGGUAUGAUUGUCAAAUUUAUCUUGCUAGCAUUAACAUUGAUAUGACU